CCUGAAACAAAACUCUAGCUCUUGAAUCCAAUAUCAAUGAUCUCAAUUAGCUAGCAUAUGAGUAUGUGGCAAGAAUGAAGAAAUUGGAAGAUAUCAAUCGUUCUUCUUCUUCAACGACCAAGUAUUCAAGAAUGGCUUACAACAAUGAAAACAGGAGCAUCAGAAGAUAGAAGAUAGGUGAGUCAUGUGGAAGAAGAAGAAGACACGUCGCAUAGAAAAGGUCCAAAAUAGAGAAAGUGACAUAAGAAAAAGUUAGAAAAAGCCAUUGGAUUUAGAGAGAAAGAAGGACGUGCACAAACUGUGUGCCAUUUUCCCGUGCAAAACGUACGUAUUCAAUUGAAGUGAGCGGUUUUCUCGUCCACUGUUACCUCAAAACACUAUUCUGACGGUGUGUAGUAAUCAACUUUCCCCACUCUCUUCUUCACUCUCUCUACUCUAAUAUAUAUAUAUCCGCAAUCACAUAGGAGAAUAAUAUAGUCAGUUCAUUAAAAUUACUACUCUUGAACAAAAGAAUAAGUUACUGUAGCAGACAGAUAAAAAGAUACCAACAACAAUGUCAAGCAAUGCUGCUGGUCAGGUCAUUCGUUGCAAAGCUGCGGUUGCAUGGGAAGCGGGGAAGCCAUUGGUGAUUGAAGAAGUGGAGGUGGCACCACCACAGGAAGGUGAAGUUCGCCUCAAGAUUCUUUUCACCUCCUUGUGCCAUACUGAUGUUUACUUCUGGGAAGCUAAGGGGCAAACACCACUAUUUCCUCGUAUUUUCGGACAUGAAGCUGGAGGAAUUGUGGAGAGUGUAGGUGAAGGUGUUACAGAUCUCCAACCAGGAGACCAUGUUCUUCCUGUGUUCACUGGUGAAUGCCAGCAGUGUCGACACUGUAAAUCAGAGGAAAGCAACAUGUGUGACCUCCUUAGAAUAAACACAGACAGGGGAGUUAUGAUCCAUGAUGGUCAGACAAGAUUCUCCAAAGAUGGCAAGCCAAUAUAUCACUUUGUUGGAACUUCCACCUUUAGUGAAUACACCGUUGUCCAUUCUGGAUGCGUCGCCAAGAUUGAUCCACAGGCACCACUUGACAAAGUUUGUGUUCUGAGUUGUGGGAUAUCAACAGGACUUGGUGCAACUCUGAAUGUUGCCAAACCUACCAAAGGUUCUACUGUAGCUAUUUUUGGCUUGGGAGCUGUUGGCCUUGCUGCUGCUGAAGGAGCUAGGAUUGCUGGGGCUUCUAGGAUCAUUGGCAUUGAUUUGAAUCCCAGCAGGUUCAAUGAUGCCAAGAAGUUUGGUGUGACAGAGUUUGUGAAUCCAAAAGAUUAUGAUAAGCCUGUCCAGCAG